AUGGCACCUUAUGAAGUUCUUUACGGUAGACCAUGUAGAACACCUAUCUGUUGGGCCAAAGUUGGUGAUGAAGCAUUAAUGGGCCCAAAGGUGGUUCAGGAAACCACGGAGAAGAUCUCGAUUAUUCGAGAUAGGAUCCGAACCGCACCGAGUAGACAGAAGAGCUGUGCAGACUUAAAGAGGAGACAUGUUGAAUUCGAGAUCGGCAAUCAUGUGUUUUUAAAAGUCUCACCUAUGAGGGGUGUAGUGAGAUUUGGCAAGAAGAGAAAGUUAGCUCUGUGGUAUGGUUGGCCCUUUGAGAGUCUUGAGAAGGUAGGACAACUAGCAUAUCGACUAGCCUUGCCUACUAGCAUAUCUGGCGUUCGCAACGUCUUCCACAUUUCUAUGUUGAGGAGGCACGUACCAGAUGAGUUGCAUGUAAUUGAUCAUCGCUCCAUAGAGGUGGGGGAAAAUGCCACAUUUGUAAUUGAGCCGGUUCGUAUUCUAGAUAGAUCCACAAACAAGCUCCGGAGGAAAGAAGCAGAGUUAGUCCAAGAGUUGUGGAGCCACCAUGAUGAGGGCGAUGCCUCAUGGGAACUAGAGUAG